AUGACUUCAAUUAAGGUAGCAUAUUUGGGUCCCCCUGGGACGUACUCACAUCAACCUUAUGCUCUAUCAGAUGAGGCAUCAGUAAUUUAUCUUCCACAGCCCUCAAUUAAUUCAUGUUUCAAAGCGAUUUCGAAAGAUGAGUGUGAUUACAGCAUAAUUCCAUUCGAAAACUCAUCCAAUGGGCAAGUUGUCUUGAGUUACGACCUAUUCCGUGAUUGGUUCAUCAAGGAAGAUCAGCUGAAGCUCAAACUAAGGGAGUUGGAACAAAGUGGCAGUUCACAAGCUUCUUCGGUCAAAACUCCCGACUUUCAAGUGAUUGGCGAGCAAUUUGUUGCUAUACACCACAAUUUUAUAACCUUUGCUUCAGACAUAUCGAAGAUCAAGACCAUAUACUCGCAUCCUCAAGUGUGGUCACAGUGUAAUAAAUUCCUACACAAGCAUGAGCUGGAUAAUAAUAUCAAAGUACAGAAAAUUGACACAUCCUCUACUUCGAAGGCAGUCGAGAUUGUUGCUUCUCUGAAGACGGAUGAAGAAAGACAGACAACUGCCGCCAUGGCAUCGCUGACUGCCAGUGAAAUUCAUGGCGUGCCGGUCAAGGUUUCUCAAAUUGAGGAUUUCAAAGGCAACACUACAAGAUUUUUGGUGCUAGGCAAAAAACCAUUACCAGACACCCGUCUUCCUUUUGACUCCAAUCCAGUAUCAAACAAACGUAUGACUUUGCUCACCUUCAUAAUUAAGGAUAACGACAAUUUUGGAAGCCUGUGUAACAUACUCCAAGUCUUCAAAAACUUCAAUCUCAACUUGCAGUCUAUAACUACAAGGCCCUCAAUUCUGAGUCCUUGGAGGUACGUAUUCUUCGUGGAGGUUUGGGAGGGAGACGGUCUUCCUCAGGCGUUAUCGGAGGUGGAGGAGUUGGUCCUUGACUUGACGGUGAUUGGCUCGUUUCCAAGAAGCAAGAAGUUCUUUCAAAUGAUCGAAACUGGCUUCCCCUGA